AGGAGGCGUUGGGGUCCUAGGAACUGCCAGCCGGACAGCUGCUGAGUAGAAUAGUGAGACCGGUCGCACGUGGUCUUCAGCAUCGUAGGAACUGUCGCAUACGGCAACAAGCAGCUGCGUUCCCCUCCCCAAAGGCCGCUAUUCCUUCCUAGUGAAGCGCUAUAUUUGUGUUUGCGCGCGGUGUAGUCUUUGUGCAGCAGGUGUCACCCACAGCAUCGCUGACGUCAUGGAAUGCGACAUCAUGGAGAAUGACAUCUUAGAGGCUCUGGAGGAUCUAGGGUAUAAAGGAGCUAUAAUUGAUGAUGAAGCUUUAAACCAAGCAGCCUGCAAGGGGGCCAUUUCCCCAGAAUAUACCAAGCUGUGUGCCUGGCUGGUAUCAGAGUUAAAAAGAUUCUGUAAAUUAGAAGAAAAUGUGGAGGCAACCAACAGUCCCAAUGAAUCUGAAGGUUUCCAGCUGGAAAUGAGCGGCCUUCUGACAGAAAUGAAUUGCCCAUAUGUUUGUUUGACCUCUGGGGAUGUUACUAAACGCCUUCUUGAAAAAAAAAACUGCCUCCUUCUCUUAACAUAUCUUCUGUCCGAGCUUGAAGCUGUACGAAUGCUGGCUGUGAACAUCCCAGGAAAAGAAGCACAAGAUGGUGAAGGCAGUGAGGUGUUUAAGGAACUCAAGUGUGUAUGCAUGACACUUGGGAUGUCCAAGCCUCCACUCAAUAUAACAAUGUUCCAGUUCUUCAGUGGAAUUGAAAAAAAAUUGAAGGAAACUUUAUCCAAAGUGCCACCUAAUUAUGUAGGAAAGCCUUUGCUAAGCAAGACCCUUGGACCAUCUCACUGGGAAAAGAUUGAAGCAAUCAAUCAAGCCAUAGCCAAUGAAUAUGAUGUCCGGAGGAAAAUGUUGGUAAAGCGGCUGGAUGUCACCGUGCAGUCGUUUGGUUGGUCAGACAAAGCAAAGACUCAGUCUGAUAAACUGGGGAAAGUCUAUCAGCCUAAACGUUCAGCUUUACCAGUAAAAGGCACAAUUUCUGUUGCCCACCUUUUGGCAGCCCGACAAGAUUUGUCGAAAAUUCUGCGAACUAGCAGCGGGUCUAUAAGGGAAAAAACUGCCUGUGCAAUAAAUAAGGUGUUGAUGGGAAGAGUUCCUGACCGAGGUGGCAGACCCAAUGAGAUUGAGCCCCCUCCACCAGAGAUGCCUCCAUGGCAGAAGAGACAAGAUGGUCCCCCACAAGGUGGAGGUGGUGGUAGAGGGGGAGGAAGAGGAGGCUAUGAGCAGUCAUAUGGAGGACGAGGAGGCUAUGAACAAGCAGGUGGGCGAGGAGGAGGUGGUCGUGGAAGUUAUGACGGCAGUUAUGGUGGCAGAGGGGGUAGAGGAGGCAAAGCUCAAGGUGGCUGGACAGACUCUGGCAGUAACUAUCAAGACAGUGGCCAUCGAGACGGUGGACAUCAAUCUGGCGGUUACCAAGGCAGCGGAGGAGGAUACCAAAGUGGUGGAGGGGGUGGAUAUCAAGGAGGAAGUGGAUAUCAGGGCACAGGUGGUGGUUAUCAAGGUGGAGGAGGAUAUCAGGGAGGUAGUGGAUACCAAGGGGGAGGAAGCUAUGGAAAUUACCAAGGACCGUCCUAUCCUGGAAGUGGAUACCAGAGUGGUGGCUAUCAGCAGGACAACAGAUAUCAAGAUGGUGGCUCCCACAAUGAUAGAGGUGGUGGUCGCGGAAGAGGAAGAGGCAGUCGUGGUGGAAGAGCAAACCAAGGCGGAGGAUGGGGAGGUCGGGGUGCACAAAACUAUAACCAGGGUGGGCAAUUUGAGCAGCACUUUCAGCAGGGAGGUUAUCAGUAUAAUCAGUCUGGGUUUGUACAAGGAAGACACUACACAAGUUGAGCUUAUUGAGAGUUCAGCUUACAAUAGAGUUCAGGUAAUUGAAUCAACCUGCUCGGAUGAGUGCUGUAUUAAGAGAAAAUAUGCAGGCUUUAUACAAUUCUUGUUUGCAGAAAUGUAACCUGAUACAUGCAUGGACCUUACAAAUAAAGGUGCGCUCAUACAGCU